AACUUUAUACUCUUUUCAUUCCUUAAACAUAUAUACUUCCUUCCUUCCUUUCAUUUUUAAAGAACAAAAAUCAUGGUUAAAUCUUCUUUUUCUGAAAAAAUUCCUCGACCUUUAAACAGUUUCAUGACAUUUAGAUUAGAAAAACAACGCGAAAUUGUAAAACAAUGUCCUGGAGCAAAUCAUCGCGAUAUUUCAAAAAUUAUAUCCAAAUGGUGGCGGGAAAUGACUCCUGAAAAGAAACAAGUUUAUAUUGACAAAGCAGAGAGACUUAAGAUGGAACACAAAGCCUUAUAUCCUAAUUAUAAGUUUAAACCUCAAAAGAGAGAAAGUGCCCCGAGACCUUACAAGAAACAUCCUCAUGACAAAUUCAUUGCACGUGAUUUCGAUGAUAUGCAGCAUUUACUUUCCCUUUAUUAUUGUAAUAACGAUGAGGAUCCAAAGUUAGCAACUAAAAAGGAAUCAAAACAUUUUGUGAAUCAAAUCAAUAGUGAACCUCCUAAACCUAAAGUAAAGAAAGUGAUGAAAGGGAAGAUAGACGACAGUCAUAGUCCUCUUCUUUUUCCUUGUUCUUCUCUCAUGUCUACUGAAAUUGCUUCUUCUUCUUAUCAACAUGAUUCAACGUUAUUACUAGAUCCUAUGACAGUGAACAAGAACGGACUUCUUAAUGAACCUAUUGACUAUUAUCGUGGUUUAUCUGCUUCACCUUCUUUACUCUCUCAUCAAACCCAUUUUUCUCCUUCUGUCACAAGCUCAAAUGGAAGUGAAUUUGAUCACUUUCAACAUUCACAUAAUGAUUACAUGAUCAUGGAUACUAGUGCUUAUUGCUAUUAUCCUACUAAUUCUUCUUCUCCUUCUACUACUACUACUUCUACUGCUGCUGCUGCUGCUGUUGCUUUUCAUGAUGCCCUUAUUUUUCCUACUCACUGUAUUUAUCCUUCUUCUCCUCCUUCUAUUCUUACCACUACUGAUAAUUUUAUUAAUCCCUUUCUGAUAUAA